AUGCUUCGCGAACUUCCAAAAGAGCUCUUGCUCUGGAUUUGCAAGUUUCUUCAAAAAGACCACAUUCUGAACCUAUGCCUGGUCUGUCGUCGAACCAAUUCUAUUUUCACCGAGGCGCUUUUUGUGUGCCUUGUCUCUGAUGAAAUUCCGCCACUCUUUCGUGCCGUGACAGCCCAAAGAUUAGACAUUGCAGCGCGAUUAAUCGAGGAAUACCACGUGAAUAUCGACGCUGAGUACGCAGGGCAGAACGCGCUCCUCCUAGCUAUUGAGCUACGAUACCCACAGGCCGUGGAUCUGGCCCUGCGAUAUAAGCCCAUUGUUCGCUGUUCUUGCGAUUCUGGAGGCCGAGGCCCAUUGUCACUUGCAGUUAUCGGCGGAAAUACUGCUAUCGUUGAGCGGAUUCUUCCGUCUCAGGAGAUUGAUGUCAACGAUCGAUGCUUGGACAGAUUGUCUGCCAUUGUAUACGCGCUGAAGCAUCGCGAGCACUAUAUCUUACAUCUCUUGCUUGCUGACUCUCGAGCGAAUGUCAACUUUGCAGAUCAUUUCGAUCGGACGCCCCUGCAAGCUGCGACUCUGGAAGGGGAUCAUAUUGCCACGCAGAUGCUGGUACGACAGGCAGGAAUCAAGAUCAAUCACCAGAGUUCCUACGAUGAUGCGUCUCUUCUCUUGGCUGCGAAAAUGCUUAACCAACAGCAAUCAGUCCGCAUCGUAGAGUCUCCUCUCCUACAUUCGGACCUUGAUCUGAAUAUAUCGGACUCCGAGGGGCGAACGGCCUUGUGGCACGCUGUGGAUCGUGAUCACCAUGAUCUCGUGAAAUUACUUGUUAGCCAAAGGCAUGUGAGAUUGAAUGAUGCUGAUAGAUACGGGAUGACGCCAUUGGCCCGAGCUGCUGAGAACCCCGUUUUGCGAAUUCUUGAACUGUUAUUGAAACAGCCGAAGAUAUGCAUCAACUCGCAGACUAGACAGAUCGUGCCUCCGCUUUGGUCUGCAUGCCGCGUAGGCAACUUCCACGCGGCGAAGGCACUCCUUCGUUUGAGGUCAGUCAAAGUCAACCAGAAAAGCCCUACUGGAACUACCCCGCUUCAAGUAGCUAUCAUUCUGAAUCAUCUAUCCAUUGUAUCUUUGCUUCUCCGACAAGGAGACAUGGUCGAGAUCAAUACCCGUGGUCCUCAACAAUGGACAGCCAUUUUCUUUGCCGCAUCCAACGGGUAUUUGGGAGUGACCAAAUCGCUGCUGAAACAUCCUGAUACGGACAUCAGCCUAAUUGAUGACCGAGGAAGGUCGCCACUUUGGUGGGCUGAGCAUGGAGGGCAUUCGAGAGUUGUUCAUCUGCUGCGCAGGCACAAUCGACUGAAGAGGCAGAAGCGUUGUUUGCAGCGAGGUGUGUCUCACUGA